UGUUGUGUGGGUGUUUAUGAGAAUCUGAUGGGUGAGCAAAGGGGGGUCUGAGUAGCAGAGCCUCCUGCUGCUCUGAGGAUCAUCUCAGUCAGUCAUGGGUCAGAUGUGGACAUGGACACUGUUUGUGUGCCUGAGCUGGAUGCAGGCCGAACCAACGCUGGCAGAACCGAAGUACAUGGUGGUCAUUCCUGCAGUUCUUGAAGCUGGAGCUGAAACCAAAUUCUGCGCCAGUCUCCUGCAGCCCAACGAGACUCUGAUCAUGACCGUCACUUUGAUGUCCAAACAAACAAACACAACUCUUCUGGAGAAGACGUCCAAUGCAGAGUUUCAUACCUGCGUUCAGUUUCAGGUUCCUUUAGUGCAGAAUGAGGAGACGCACAAGUUUGAGGUGGAAGUACGAGGCGACAAAUUUUAUUCAGAAAAAGUCAAGGAUGUCUUGAUCAAAGCCUACAAACCAAUGACAUUCAUCCAAACAGAUAAGCCAAUCUACCUUCCAGGACAAACAGUGCAUUUCAGAGUCAUUGCUCUGGACACCAAGUUUCGACCUGCUCAUCAGUUGUACACUGUCAUUGAAAUUGAGGAUGCAAAGGGCAACCGGAUUGGACAGUGGCUCAACAAAACAUCCGCUGGUAAAAUACUGCAGCUCUCUCACUCUUUGAACUCUGAGGCCCAUGAAGGACUUUAUGAGGUUAUUGUGAAGACUGAUGCAAAGACAACACAGCACAGCUUCAAAGUGAAGAAAUAUGUUUUGCCAAAAUUUGAUGUAAAGAUAAAAGCAUUUGAUGAAAUAAGUAUUGCACAAAGUGAAAUAACCGCGGACGUAUGUGCAACAUAUACAUACGGGCAGCCUGUGCCUGGCAAUGUAGAACUUACAAAGUGUGACUAUGGAAGGACUAUAAACUGGAUGUCAGAACCCAGCUGCCAAAGCAAGACAAUGCAGACAAACAAGAAUGGCUGUGCCACUUUUACCUUCAAGAUUUCCUCUUUCAAACAUCUGCUUCAAAGUUUUGGUUAUGGCAGACAUAUGGGAGAAGAAAAAUUAAUUUUCCGUGCCAAAGUGACAGAGGAGGGAACAGGUAUUUCACGCUCACAAGAGAAAGCAACAAAAAUUUCACCUGUUGUUACAAAGCUGUCUUUUAUUGAUACACCCAAGACGUACAAGCCAGGAUCAACUGUGGAAGUAAAAGUUAAAGUGGCUCACUACAAUGAUACACCAAUCCCUGACAAAGUGGUCUACCUGCUUUACGGUGAAAGUCAACAGUCCAUAACAACUGACAGUGAUGGUGUUGCAGCUUUCUCACUGAACACAACCAACCUCUCUGGGACCAUCAAACUCAAAGCUCAGCUUAAACCUAAAUUACGCUCAUGGUUCAGACAACAUGAUGAUGUCGUAGCUCGCACCGUAAUCAGGUCUACUUCUUCAUCCCAUGUUGAAGCGGUCAACUCUUUAGAGGUGAAGAAGAAAGAUGAGAAACUUCGCUGUCACAUUAAAGAGACCAUCUUCAUUAAAUACACCAUACUUGGACAGGGCGAGGACUCUGUGGAUGUGAUGCAUUUGGUAUUAUCUAGAGGAGCCAUCGUCAUGCAAGGAUCCAAAAAGGUUGACUUGCAGAAUCAACGAGUGAAUCGGGGCCAAGUGUCCUUUCAUUUGACAGUUUCUCCAGAGAUGGCACCAGAUAUUCAGGUAGUGGCUUAUGCUGUCCUUCCUGGUGGGAAAGUAUUCCAACACAGUGCUGACUUCUCCACUGAGAAAUGCUUCAGUCACAAGGUGUCGCUGGAGUUUUCACCACCGUCAGCUGUUCCAGGAGAGGACAUCAACAUGCAGGUGACAGCCCAGCCAGACUCUCUGUGUGGUGUGAGUGUUGUGGACCAAAGUGUCCUCAUCCAGGAGCCAGGGAAGACUCUCGAUGCUACAAAGAUAUUCGAUUUGCUGCCUGUCAAGAAAAUGUCCAGAGUUCCAGAUGCUGAAAUUUGCUUCAGUAGUUUGGGGUUGAGAAUGGCAACAAACUUGUUGCCAUCAUGUGGCCAUCCACAACUUGUCAGAAGGGAAUACAGUGGCAUUGUUUAUUUGCCAAGGAGUACAAGACCUAUGCUCCUUCAUACUCUAAGGAUGCCACCUUCAAGAGUAUCAACUGCAGCGCCAGUAGUGACAGUCCGCACCUUUUUCCCUGAAACUUGGAUAUGGGACUUGGUGGAAAUUGGAUCAUCUGGAACAAAGGACGUGUCCCUCACUGUCCCAGACACCAUCACCACCUGGGAGACGGAGACUUUCUGUUUGUCUCCACAGGGUUUUGGUUUGGCUCCUCGUAAACAAAUCACUGUCUUCCAGCCCUUCUUCCUGGAGCUCACGCUGCCCUACUCCAUCAUCCGGGGGGAGCAGUUUGAACUGAAGGCAACUGUCUUCAACUACCUGUCAAGCUGCAUCAUGGUGACUGUGACUCCCUCGCCCUCCCUAGAUUACACCCUCACCCCCAUCUCUGGUAAUCAGUACACUUCCUGUCUGUGUGGCAAUGAGCGCAAGACCUUCAGCUGGACCAUGAACCCCACAGCCUUAGGGGUUGUGAAUGUGUCGGUGCGUGCUGAAGCAGUGACAUCCCACGUUUUAUGUGAUAAUGAGAUUGUGAGCAUUCCAGACAGAGGUCGCAUUGACGUGGUCACACGAUCUCUGAUAGUAAAGGCUGAGGGAACAGAAGUGACAACGACCCACAACUGGCUGUUCUGCCCAAAAGGAGACUCUUUGACAGAGGAAGUAGAGCUCCGACUCCCUGAGAAGGUGGUUGAUGGAUCUGUCCGAGUUUCACUAUCAGUGCUGGGUGACAUCCUCGGCCGGGCCCUGAAGAACAUAGAUGGUCUUCUGAGGAUGCCUUUUGGAUGUGGAGAGCAGAACAUGGUGCUCCUGGUCCCCAACAUCUACAUUCUGCAGUACCUAGAAAACACACAGCAGCUGACUCCAGCCAUCAGAGAGAAGGCUUCCAACUUCAUGACCAGUGGCUACCAGAGACAGCUGAAUUACAAGCAUCAUGAUGGAGCUUACAGCACAUUUGGAUCGGGACCAGGAAUCACUUGGUUGACUGCUUUUGUUCUGAGAUCCUUUGUCAGAGCUCAGUCCUUCAUCUACAUUGACCCUACAACGAUUGAACAGUCCAAGACUUGGCUGAUUGGAAAACAACAACAAAAUGGCUGUUUUCAACAGUCAGGAAAACUUUGGGACAACAGAAUGAAGGGCGGUGUGUCUGAUGAAGUGACUCUCAGCGCGUACAUUACUGCUGCGUUUUUGGAGAUGAAUAUGUCGGUGUCUCAUCCUGUGGUGGAGAAGAGCCUGUCGUGCCUCAAGGAGUCCCUCAGUGACUUGAGCAACACCUACACCACAGCUCUGAUGGCGUACGUCUUCACCCUGGCAGGAGACACGGAGACCCGUGGUCUCCUUCUGGAUCACCUUGACAAGGUUGCAAUCAAACAAGGGGGUUUCUUGCACUGGUCUCAGAGAGCAGCAGAAACAUCAGCCUCUCUCUCUGUGGAGAUCAGCUCCUAUGUGCUGAUGGCCAAACUCAGCGCCUCCCCGACUAAUGAAGAUCUGGGCUACGCCUCGGGCAUCAUAAUGUGGUUGACAACGCAGCAGAACUAUUAUGGAGGCUUCUCCUCCACACAGGACACGGUGGUGGCUCUUCAGGCUCUGGCUCUCUACGCCACUCUGGCAUUCAGUCCUCAGGGUUCAAGCACAGUGAAAGUCCAGUCUCCCAGCGGACAGCUGACGUUUAACGUGAAUCAGGACAACAGACUGCUCUACCAGGAGAGAAUCCUGCAGGACGUGACUGGAAAGUUCAGCCUGGAGGUGGAGGGCACUGCAUGUGCUUCAGUGCAGGUUUCUCUUGACUACAACAUCCCAACUCCUACUGAUGUCACCAGUCUCAGUGUGAAGGUCAAACCAGAGACCAACUGCACCAGCCAGUCUCACAGACCCAAACUCACUCUGAAGCUGAAGUCCCUAUACAGUGGAGAGGAGAACAGUACAAACAUGGUGAUCCUAGAUAUCAAAGCACUCUCUGGAUUUGUGCCAGACCCAGAGUCUUUAAAACAGCUAAAAAAUGCCAUGUUGGUGGAUCGUGUUGAGCAGAAGGAAGACCAUGUUCUGGCGUAUUUACGAGAGCUGAGCACCGGCACAGACAUCAACCACACCUUAGAGUUCAUACAGGAACUCCCAGUGCAGAAUCUGAAACCAGCCGUGGUCAAGAUCUAUGACUACUACCAGCCAAGUGACCAGGCUGAGACAGAAUACAUCUACUCUUGUGUUGCAGCUUGAAGAGUGAGGUGUGGUCAGCUCCCAUAUCCUGAAUGAUUCUGUCAUUCUGAUUUGUUGAGACUUGCAUUCUGUUUGACUAAAGAUAACAAGGUUCACAUGUGUGUACACAUCAUUGAUUUGUAAGUGUUUAUGCAUAAUGUUUAUACAUGUUUAUGCAUAAUAUAUAAAAUGUACCAUAUGUGUAACAAGGGCUGAACAAUUAAAGCAUUUUAGACAUUAUAAUUAACACUGUUUAAGCUACUGUGAUGCAGCAUGUCUUAACCUGGAAUUAAACUGCUUUGUUAUUGCUUCUACAA